GCUGCCGCUGGCGCUGGAAGAUGUCUGCCGGGGUUGGGCGCUGCGCGGUGGGCUUCGUUUUCCGCUCCCUGCCGCAGAAAGCUUUCUCCUGCUUGGAGGACAAGGACAUCCAGGAACGACUCCUCAAAUGGUCCAUGCAAGGUAGGAUCACAGCACAAGCAUUCAGUUUUGACCAGCAGUUUAAGCCCUAUCAAAAGGAUGAAUUUGUUAUGGCAUUUUUUAAUGAUCAAAAUGUGAACUCCAGUUUAAAGUUGCUCUCAGCUUCAGGACAAUGGACUACAUUGGGUUCCAAAGUGACAAAAAUUGAAGCUACAGUGGUGCCCUGUACACAGAUUUCCAUGUCGUUUUUUGAUCGCCUAUACUCUGAAGGAGUUGUUAGAGAAACUGGAGAUAUUGUGAAAUGUUAUGAUGACUAUUACGAUGAUAUUCUCAUCUCUGAUGAAUUAAGGAAGGUCUUGCUUCUGGAAGAUUCAGACCACUAUGACAUAUUCAGUCAAUUGGAUCGCAAGGAAUUUCUGUUCUGUCUUUUUAAGCAUCUUUGCAUUGGAGGAACUCUUUGCCAGUUUGAAGAUGUAGUUGACCCAUACUUAGAAACUACAAAAGCUUUAUAUAAAGACUUGGUGAGUGUUCAAAAGAAUCCUGAAACAAAAGAAAUACAUAUUAUUUCUACAGUCUUGCGAGUGUCUGCAUAUGAUGAUAAUGGCCUGUGUUACCCUUCAAGCAAAAGCCACGAACAGACUUUUGCCUACUUGAUAGUGGAUCCCUGCAAGCGACACGUGCAUGCUCUGUACCACUGUUUUGGUGGAAGCUUGUUUAGUAACUAGUUAUAACCCUGGCUGUUCUCCAGUUUUAUAAUGGAGGUGGCCUCCUCGCUGCACCAAUUCAGGCAGAAAUUGCCUAGUUUUCUUACGAGGGAGGAUGUGCUUGCAAUUACAUGCUCUGAAUGGCUACAUGUUUGCACAGAUGUUACACAAAACUUUUUUUGCUAACCUCAUAGUAAGUUUUCUGUAUUUAAAAGGCAUACUUCUUGAAGCUGUCCUCCUGGUAGUUUUGUCCCCCCCUUCCCUCACCCGUUUUAUCUAAUAAAAAGUACUUCUC